AUGUCAAAGCAAUUGGAGGAGCAACCGGAGGAACUGGAAGAGGAACUGGAAGAUCCUUUUUUUCCCGAAAAGUCAUUCAACAUCCUGCAACCUCUGGUGUGGCAGCUUUGCGCAGUUAAACUGGGGGAUAACAACGUCUGGGUGGAGCCCUCGGAGGUAGAAGGCUGCAACCACGACUUUGGCAUCAUCUCGAUCAAGGAUCACAAGCGCGAUGAUUACGUUCUGCGAGUCCCGUGCACUGGGGUGGUAGGCUCUCUCGGGUGCCCAUGGAUGGAUCUGCGGAAUGGAUCGUUGCGCCCAGAUCACACAUCUAGUGUUGCACCACUAAUGCUUCUACGCACCGUUCCGAAAAUCCCAAGCCCAGAGGGCGUGGCUUUUGAUCCGACGGACAAUAACCCGCUGAGAUGGCCGUAUGUGAUUGAGAAGAAAAUGGACGGGCAGCCCUUGAGCGAGUUUUAUUUCGAUUUGCCCCACGAUUCGAAAUGUGUGGUAGCGCAGCAGUUAGGUGAGAUCGUGGCGACGAUGCAUACCGUUCGCAGCGGCUGGUCAGGCAGGCUAGUGUUGUGUCCUGAAGGGAAACGUGUGAUGGUUAAGCAGAUUGACGAUGAGAGUCAAGUAGUCCCAUAUGAGAUACUAGAUGGGAAGCCCACAAAGAACCCCAAAUCCACCCUGGACCGAUUUGCAGCCAUUCUACCCAAUCAACUGCAGGCCUGA